AUAACAUUCUAUCUCACGGGAACUGUUUAGUUUAAUGUUGUUCAUCCUUCCCGUGACUCCCUGCAACAAACUGGUGAGCACAUGACACAAGUACUAAUAUUCCAUUUGGCUUCAAUUAAACAAAACUCAAGGGGUAACCAAACUGCAACCCUUUUUGCCUGCUUUGUAUAAAUUACAGAGCCUACACUCCUCAAAACCCUACAUCAGGAAGCAGGACUAUGGCCGACCUCAAAGCUCUUGCGCUCUUUUUUGUGCUUGUAGUAGUGCUAGCACUGCCUGCAGCUACUGCGAUAGAUGGAGGCUCAGGUGGUGGUAGUUCAGCCGCCGUCAGGCUAAACAGUGAUUGCCGGGUUGAUCCGUCCCAGCUCAUCAUCUGCCGCCCUGCUGUCACCGGAGAAUCACCCCCGCGCCCCACAUACGACUGCUGCAAGAUGAUCAAACGCGCCAACUUGCCAUGCCUAUGCAUGUUCAAGGAUUUCCUCCCAGCAUUUGGAAUCGAUCCCGCUCGUGCCCUUGCUUUGCCUGAGAAAUGUGGCCUUAAGACUCCACCAGAAUGCAAAUCGCCUUGAAUGAAGAUGUCUACGAGUAAGGAGACUUGGACUAAUUCAGGGACCUGGGAUGCAGCUUUGGGAAUGAUCCUUUCUGUGACUUGGUUUUAGUAGUCUGAACUUUGUUCUUGU